AUGCUCCGAUCAGCGGUCAUUACGCGCUCCCAGGAGAUCAAGCGAGCUUUCGGGCGCCAUUUUGCGUCCUCCGCGGCAGCAGCUGCUGAAAGCGCGGGGAAGAGCAAGGUGAAAGCGAAGUCGACGGGAGGAAGCAGCGGCGGGAAGAAGAAAGCUUUGGAAGAUCAAGGGAAGGCGGCCUCCAUUGUGGAGGCGGCGCUUCGUCAUGCUCGAGUAGAGCUGCCAAAUGUGGAUGAGGCUACUCAGGAGGAGGAGAGGCGGAUGGCGAAGGAGUACUCGAGGUUGAUGAUGCAGAAGCACCACCAGCAGAGAGGGGCGGAGUCUGCCAGGCUCAAGCUCAAGCUGGCAGCCAUCCAAGCCCUACCUGCUGGCAAGCUUAGGGAUUCCGCCGUGCUCCCAGAUUUCACUCCCUUCCCGUCCAAUCGGAUUGCACCAUCUCUCACGCCUCCAAUUAAGGAGCUGCAAGAAGAAAGAGCAAGGACUAGCGACCAACAGGUAGUAAGAAAAAUCCGGUAG